AUGCAGGUCAGUUCGAAUGCCACGCAUGGCAAGGUGACGGUGGAGUCGUCGCCGAGGUACAUCUUCAACCCCCUGGCCCCCUACAGGAUGGGCAUGGUGCAGCCUUUCGCGAGGCUCGUGCUCGUGCUGAGGGACCCGACAGAUAGAUACUUUUCACAGUUGCGUAUGACGAUGUGUUCCGGCAAGACCAACCAGACCUUCGAGCGCGUGCAGGAGAACCAAGCAACCUGGUUCCACUCCCCCGGUGAUGCCGCUGGCUACAUCGACGGGGGAGAAGCGACAUACGAGCCCUACACGCCCCUGUGCCGGGGAGAAAACGCGACCACGGAGGACCUCAGGGACUGCUACAGGGCCCAGCUCCCGCACCACCCGCUUCUCAGGGGGCUGUACGCCGACCAGCUCGAGAGGUGGUUCAGAGUCUUCGACAAGUCACAGAUCUUGAUAGUCGAUUCGGCCAACAUGAUGGAAGACUUGCCGGGCGUGUUGGCGGACGUGGCCGCGCACAUCGGCCUCCCGGGAUCCGACUUCGACUCCGACCGUCCCGUGCAGCACAGCACCGGCCUUUGCCCGGCUCUCGGCCGUGGCGAGGACCCCGACUUUUUCGGCGAGGAGGGCAGGUAUGACAAGAUGCUCGAGGAAGAGGACCUCUUCCGAGAAUGGUAUCGGCCGCACAACGAGCGCCUCUUUAAACUGCUCGGGCGCAGCAUGAUGUGGGACUGA